AUUGGCUGAUUUUGCUGCAGACGUUGCAGAGCUUCCGGUUUUAUGAAACAAUUCAACGUGUUGGUUACCAAACGCACAACUCUCAGUAAACCAAGCGGAAUUCUAACUGUUGUGAGGCACAAUAACGGCAUGGCUCAUUCUUGUAUUCACUGGUUCCGCAAGGGACUCAGGCUACAUGACAACCCAGCCCUGAUGGCUGCUCUGAGGGACUGUAAGGAGCUGUACCCCGUGUUUAUCCUGGACCCUUACCUAUAUAACAACACCCUUGUGAGUAUCAACCGCUGGAGGUUUCUCAUUGGAUCCCUCAAAGACCUGGACCGCAGCCUCAGGAAACUCAACUCCAGGCUGUUUGUUGUGAGAGGGAAGCCAGAGGAAGUGUUCCCUAAGCUGUUCAAGAAGUGGGACGUCACAAAGUUAACCUAUGAGUACGACACAGAGCCCUACAGCCUGAGCCGGGACAGAACAGUGACCACACUGGCCAAAGAACAUGAAGUCGAAGUCAUCUACAAAAUCUCACACACUAUUCAUGAUAUGGACAGGAUAAUUGAGGAAAACAACGGGAAGGCUCCCCUUACUUAUAACCGGUUUCGAACAAUAUUGAAGACUAUAGGUUCCCCUAAGAAACCCAUUCCUGCUCCAGCCAUCGAAGAUAUUAAAGAUGUGAAGACGCCUUGUUCAGAAAACCAUGAGAAAGAUUAUGGGAUACCUACUCUGGAGGAACUCGGUCAUGACACCACAGCUCUUGGAGAAGAGAAGUUCCCAGGAGGAGAACAAGAGGCUCUGAGGAGAUUAAAUGAACACAUGGAAAGAAAGGAAUGGGUGUGUAAGUUUGAGAAGCCUCAGACUUCUCCGAACUCUCUGAGCCCCAGCACCACUGUCCUCAGUCCGUACGUCACUUUUGGCUGCCUGUCCGCACGCACCUUUUGGUGGAGGGUGACAGACGUCUAUCAGGGGAAGAAGCACUCAGAGCCUCCUGUUUCCCUGCAUGGCCAGCUGCUGUGGAGAGAGUUUUACUACGCCGCUGGUGUGGGUAUCCCUAACUUUGACAAAAUGGAGGGCAACCCUGUUUGUACCCAGGUGGAUUGGGACACAAACCCUGAAUAUCUUGCUGCAUGGAGAGAGGCUCGGACUGGUUUCCCUUUCAUCGACGCCAUCAUGACUCAGCUGAGGCAGGAGGGCUGGAUCCACCACCUGGCCAGACAUGCUGUCGCCUGUUUUCUCACCAGGGGAGACCUGUGGAUCAACUGGGAAGAAGGGCAGAAGGUGUUCGAGUAUCUUUUAUUGGAUGGCGAUUGGGCCCUGAAUGCUGGAAACUGGCAGUGGCUCUCAGCGAGUGCCUUCUUCCAUCAGUACUUCAGAGUUUACUCGCCUGUUGCCUUUGGCAAGAAGACAGACAAAAAUGGAGAUUACAUCAAAAAGUACCUUCCUCUUCUGAAAAAGUUCCCAGCCCAGUAUAUCUAUGAGCCUUGGAAAGCUCCGUGCAGUGUCCAGCAGGCAGCAGGUUGCAUUGUGGGUAAAGACUACCCGCAACCUAUUGUUAAGCAUGAAAUGAUCAGCAAGCAAAACAUCCAGAGGAUGAAGUUGGCUUAUGCUAAGAGAUCCAAAGAUUCUGCUGAAUCACCAAACGAAUCACCCAGCAAAAAACAAGGUGUCAAGCGAAAGGCUAAAUCCGUCAUUGACAUGCUGCAAAAGAAAAAGAAAAACUAAUAAUGGUACACAAACAAACGGGAAGCGAUGUCUGGGCUGAAAGGUUGGGACACUUUUUUGUGUAUGCAGACAGUGUACUAUGUCUACCUCAUCUCCUUUAACUAGUUACUGUUUUAUAUUGUAUUUAUGUCAAUGUUUUUGUAAAAAGCGAGUGAAAGGGUAUUGUAGCGGACCCUCAACUUGAAUAAACAGGCUUGGAGUGUUUCCUUACGGGUGUACUUUAUUCAGACGAGUGUGCAUUGCACAAACACCGUGAAAACUUAAAAGGAAAAUGACAAAGGCAAUUUAGCUAGAUACAAAUAAUGCCUUGACAAAUGCACUUAAGCAAGCUAGCAUCAAAUAGAUAACGACAUUAUCAUGAAAUGAAUCACAUUACUAUUUACAUUACAUCAUUUACACAAACGUAAGAAAUGAAUACAUAUGAAAUAGACAGUACAUUACAAUGAAACACAUACCUCGCUCCGCAUAUCGAGGGGUGCUAAAGAGUGGUGAUCCAGGGAAGACUGCCGCCAUUAACUUAACGUUGGAGAGCUAGCUAGCAACUUCAUACGUUAUUUUUUAAACUGCUACUGCCAAGCAAAUAGAGCACUCAUUCAAACGGGUUUGACCAGGAAUGCUGCAACGUAAUAUAACACUUCAAGGAACGCUUUAGAGAACACGUUAAUUUAAAGUUAUAAUACUAUUUUGAGAUCUCUGACUCUAGACAUGCAUUGUCUUGUAACGUGCCUUCUUGUGUUAUACCUUCAGCGAGCGUGCACGUUCUGGAAGGAUUGGUUCACCGUGCAGAUAGCAUGAUGUCAAAAUAAAAGUCACAUGAGAUAAAAAGUAACUCAGAAUAAAGGAUAAAAUAUAAUAACAGGAUAAGCAUAAUAGACACUGCUAGUGGCCAUCUACAGGUAUACUUAAAAAAGAAAUUCUUGCAUGGGGAUUGAGUUAAAAUGUGUAAAGAUGAAUGGUCUCGUAUUGUAUGAAGACGAGAGAUUUUGAGGCAUCAUAUUGUUGCUCCUUAAAGAUUGAAUGUUUAUUUUUUUACGGUUUGUUUUUAAUAUCCAAUAUAAAUAAAUUCAUACAUAUUAUC